AUGGCUGAAUUUGCUUACAACAAUGCUGUUCAUAGUAGUACAGGAAAAAUGCCUUUUAAAGCCUUAUACAGAUGGGAACCAACCUUAACACUGUCCAAUGUGCCAACCAAUGUCCCCAAAGCCAAUGACUUAGCCCAGGCCAUGGAAGCACAGUGGAAGGAAGUAGAGGUAGCCCUCUGGCAAUCUAAGACACAAAUGACUGCCAGAAAGGAAGGAAGCCCAACAGAAUUCAAGAUUGGAGAAGAAGCCUGGCUUGACACCAAAAAUGUCAAACUCAAGACCUUAAGCCCCAAACUAACAGAACAACAUCUGGGGCCAUUCAAAAUCAUCAAAAAAAUCUCCAAUUGCGCUUACCAACUCAAGCUGCCACCCACUAUGCAUAUCCAUAACAUCUUCUAUGCGGGGCUACUAUCCAAAGUGAAAAGGGAUGACAAGCGUGCCUUUGAGAACUGCCUGCCACCAGUCACCAUGGAUGGAGAGGAAGAAUAUGAGGUAGAAGGCAUAACAGACAUGGAGGAAAGGAAUGGGGAAUGGUUUUUUAGGGUCAAAUGGAAGGGCUAUGGAAGCAAGGAAAAUAUGUGGGAACCCCAAUCAAACCUCAAAAAUGCAGGGAAAAUUUUAAAGAAGUAUGAGGAGGAAAUGAAGAAAAAGGCCCUUGGCGCUGCCAAGGCCCUUAGAAGGGGGGGAGUGUUGUAG